CUACUAUAAACCUGUUAUCACCAAUCAAACUCUUCGUUUUUCUCUUCAAAAACUACCUUUCCUUAAUUGAGUUGAAAUUCAUCCAUUCAGCUCAACCAAAUGGCUUCUCUACUUCACUCUGCAAUUCCUCUUUCUCACAACAAUCAUUCUUCAUCUUCUUCUUUACCAAAAAAUACUUUGCCACGACAUCUAAGCAAGGCAAGUAGUGAAAGAUUAUUAGGUGAAAGGAGAAGUUUAAUUUGCAAAGCGGGUCUUGAUGAUGCAGUGUCUUCAGGUAUUGAUGAUGCUGUCUCUUUCACUGAGAAACUACCUGACCGUAUUAAUGAAGCUAAAGCUGCCUCACUCAAACUCAAAUUAUUGAGUGCUGUUUCUGGGCUGAACAGAGGUCUUGCCGCAAGUGAAGAUGAUCUAAAGAAGGCAGAUGCUGCUGCCAAGGAGCUAGAAUCUUGCGCAGGAGCUGUAGAUCUCACAGCUGAUCUUGAUAAACUUCAAGGGAGGUGGAAAUUGAUUUACAGCAGUGCAUUCUCAUCUCGCACUCUUGGUGGAAGUCGUCCUGGACCCCCGACUGGAAGACUUCUUCCCAUUACUCUUGGUCAGGUGUUUCAAAGAAUUGAUGUAGUAAGCAAGGAUUUUGACAAUAUAGUGGAGCUUGAAUUAGGUGCUCCCUGGCCUUUCCCACCUAUUGAAGCAACUGCCACUUUAGCACACAAAUUUGAACUGAUAGGAUCAUCCACGAUUAAGAUUAAAUUCGAGAAAACUACAGUGAAGACAACCGGGAACUUAUCACAGCUACCACAAUUAGAGGUGCCUCAGAUACCAGAUCAGUUCAGGCCAUCAUCAAAUACAGGAAGUGGUGAUUUUGAUGUUACGUACAUCGAUUCUGAUACACGUGUAACAAGAGGAGACAAGGGAGAGCUUAGAGUUUUUGUUAUCGCAUAAGUUGGGCUGCAAUAUAUAUAGUUUUCCCACAAUAUUUUGUUGCUAUAGUUUAAUGUAACAACAUAUCAAAUGUAUAAAUAUGUUCAACAUUAUUCUGCUGGUCCACAGCUUGCAAAGUUGUAAUGCCACUGCAAAUUCGAUUAUGUAUACAGUAAAUUUGACAUGUGA